CUCCUUUUCCCACUUCGAUGCAACAGUCUAAGUAGGUUAGUCCAUUACUUACCUUUCUUUACAUCUGAUUCAAAGACUAGAGGAAAGACCUUGGUUGUUAGGAACAGAUCUGAUCUGAUCUUUAUCUUCUUUCUCUUUUAAUUUUCGGUCGCGCACGUCAUCUGUGGUUUUUACUUGGCUUUGGAGAAAGAUAUACAUUUUUAUAUUUGUUUCAUUUGUUCAAUCUUCAACUACCCUCCACCUCGGUUCAGUCAUAGCACAACCGUGACCACCCACAUAUCAAAUCCCGGAGUUUAGGUUUACUCAUUAUACAUCCUCCGGACCCCUUGGACGUUCCUUCAUCAUGACUACCAACGGCACUCAAGAAGAUUCAUCCUCAAUCACCAAGGAGCAAUGGGAUCAGCUCUGUCAAGAUGUCAAGGGCACUCUCCUCGAGGAAACAGGAUCUGAAGCAUGGUAUUUGAUCAUUGCCACCGUCCUCAUCAUCUCACCCGAGCCACAAACCCUCGCUGAUUUCUGGACGUAUCUAACCAAACACGACCCUUCAUUCUCCACACCAGAAACCCAAUCCCGACUCGCCACUCGACUGCUCGAUGUCCUCCUCAAACAACUCACAUUGAUCGGUGCGCCUCAGACACUGGGCGCAUUGAUCCCAUUGGCGAAACGCCAGAUGGCAGAGAAGGGCCAGACUCCCCAGGAAGACGAAAGUCGUCCGGAGUUGAAGCCUGAGAAUUUAACAACCCAAUCCCUCACCGAACUACAAGCCCGAGGAAUCUCCACCAUCACAUCCAUCUAUGGAACAUUAUGGCGUGGAAUAUUCAAUACUUUCGGCGACUAUCGCGGCGAAAUGGGCGCACAUGAAUUGAGCAUCGUCUAUGGGUUAUAUCUAUCCGAUUUCCGACACUUGACGGCCCUGGAGACGGAAUUGGUCGUUUAUACCUCGAUUCAAUGUCAGGGUCAUCGGGGGCCGAGUCUUUGGCAUGUUCGGGGUUUGGGUCGUGUAUUGGGAGCCAGGGGAUCGAAUGAUGCUGAUCCCACGGUGCGGAGGGUCAAGGAUGUGUUGAGAGCAGUCAAGGUGGCGGUGAUGCAGGUGGUGGAGUUUGUGGGGCCGGAAAUGGUGCAGAGAAGUAGACUUGAUGGUGGAAAGGAUGGCUUGCAGGGGUGGCCGAAUGUGGGAGAUGUGGUGAGGGAGUUGGGUGGGUGGGGGGAGGAUUGAUUGAAAAGAUUGGAAAGGAUUGAAGGAGGUUGAGAGAGAAUUGCGAGAGUUGAUCGAGGGAUGAAUGGAUGAAUGAAGCAGAAAAGAAGUUCAUGACCGGCUGCUGGCUGGGAAAAGGCUGGUGCCGUGAUUGAAUCCAGCAUACACACAGGACAACAAUUCAAAAUGCAUAAAUAGAGAAAGAGACACAGGUGAAAAGGGAAAUGUAUCACGAAAUUGGUCCUCUCAACAAAGUUGCAGGCCAAUGUCGCAUAAUUUCUUUGUGUGCAUCUUGUGCAUAUAGAUAUACAUAGAUACAUGGAUCGAUGGAGCUGCAUGGCCAAAGCUGAC